AUGCCGAAGACGCCCAAGUCGCCCGCCGUGCGCGAAUCGCAGCGCCACAACCCUCUUGCGGAAGAAUAUGCCCCGACGAGUGUGUCGCUAAAGCAGAAACCCGCGAAAACUCGAAAACGCUUAGACGAAAACGCAGGCGACGCCUAUGUAGACUCAAAGAGCUCGAGGAAGAUUUUGGAACUGGGACAAGAGCUUGCAGAUGAGGCAGAUAGCGAGAGCAGACCACAAAGACCGGCCAAGGCAAACCCUGCGUUUGACUUUGACACCCGUCUCGACGAUGGCAUAGAAGAGGCGGCCCAGUACGAUAAUGAUGAUGACGCCUGGGGGGAUGAGGAGGAAGAGAUUGUGGAAGAGGUCGAGAUCGAUCCUGAAGACUUGGAGACCUUCAACAAGUUUAUGCAAACCGACGACAACCCCAUCAGCUGGCCGGGCUCAGAAGCGCAACCCUCGGGAGGCGGAACCGAUCUUGCGGCGUUGAUUCUACAAAGAAUCGCAGAGAAGGAGUCUGCAGACCCACAGGCGCCACAGAUCUACGGCGGAGGAGAUCCCGAAGACGCAGUUGAGCUUCCUGCAAAAGUUGUGGAAGUCUAUUCCAAAGUUGGCCUGAUCCUAUCCCGAUACAAGUCCGGAAAGCUUCCAAAACCGUUCAAGAUCCUGCCUACGAUUGGAGCUUGGGAAACAUUGGUCGCUGUAACAAGACCUGAUCAAUGGACCCCCAAUGCUGUUUAUGCUGGGACCCGCCUGUUCGUGUCCUCGAAGCCUUAUGUGGCACAAGCCUUCUUGAACCAGGUUCUUCUUCCUGCAGUACAGAACAACAUAUUUGAGACACAUAAACUUAACGUCCAUCUAUACAAUGCGCUCAAGAAGGCUCUCUACAAGCCCUCGGCAUUCUUCAAGGGCAUCGUCUUCCCCAUGCUUGUCGACGGAUGUACGCAACGCGAGGCGACAAUCAUCGCAUCCGUGGUCGCAAAAGUCUCGGUACCAGUCCUCCACUCCGCCGCGGCUAUCCAUCGCAUCUGCGAAAUCUCAGCUUCUCAGAUGUCCUCAGACCCGGAAGCAGCCGGCCCAGCAAACAUCUUCAUCCGAACCCUUCUGGAAAAGAAGUAUGCCCUGCCUUACAAGGUCAUCGACUCGCUGGUUUUCCACUUCAUCCGCUUCCGAGCUGCAGGCGCAAGCAGCGCAGAUGCCAUGGACACCGAGGGCGGCGAUCUCGGCGGAGUCGGGAAACUUCCCGUCAUCUGGCAUCAGUGUAUGUUGGCAUUUGCGCAGCGCUACAGGAACGACAUCACAGAGGAUCAGCGAGAGGCACUUCUCGACCUGCUGCUCACAAGAGGCCACCACACCAUCAGCCCAGAGGUCCGGCGAGAACUGCUGCAAGGCAGAGGCCGCGGGACUGUGGUGGAGCCGCAGCCCGUGGGCAUGGACGGCGACGACACGAUGGUGAUCGGUUGA